CUUUCCCUUGAAAAAGAAAAAGAAAAACACAGCCAUCUUCUUGGAGAGAAGGACAAAGAAAUCCAAAACCUGAAAGACCAGCUUAGGUCCAAACCCAAGAACAGUGAAGUCUCCUUAUUACAAAGUCAGCUGGAGGAAAAAACAAAGGAAGUGGAGAGGAGGGAGCAGCGGCUUCAUUCUCUAUCAGAAGAAAUGAACCGGUUAAAAUGUAAUUUAUCCACUCUUACUGCAAAAUGUUCUGAGCUUGAAAACAGAGCUGCUACUUCUCAGGCAUGCCAGGAAGCUGUAACAAACACCAUGGGAUCACCAAGUAAUCUUCGUGAAGCUGAAGAACAACUGAAAGAUGCUCUUGAGAAAAACCAGCAGUGGCUACUGUAUGACCAGCAACGUGAGGCUUAUGUCAGGGGAUUGCUUGGAAGGAUCUUUGAACUUGAGCAGAAGUCAGAAAUUGUUAGCCAGCAAGAAUCUAAACAACGCAAUUCAGAAGGUCAUCUACAAGAGGAAAAGCAAAAAUACGACCAGCUGUUACUAACUGCUAAGAGUGAUCUGCAGACUGAAAGGCACACUAUAACCCAGCUGAGAUCUGAACUGAAUGAAUACAAGAAGAAGUAUGAAGAAACGCAGCGAGAAAUAACAAGUUUAAAUGCCUUACUGCAGUCGCAACAGGUUGUUGAAAUGAAGACUCUAGAAAAUGAAAAUAAAAUAAUAGGAGAGAAAGUGCAGAGACUAAAACAAGAAAAUGAAAGUAUUAAAGGACAGCUCAGAGAAGAAAAGAGAAAGUCUGAAGAUCUUUUAUGUCAGGUGCAACUUCUUCGUAAAUCGUUGCUCACACAGCAGGAGGAACACACUAGGAUAGCUUUGUUGGAACAACAGAUCCAGAUAUGUACCACAGACUUUGAGAAUGAAAAGCUCGAUCGCCAGAACUUGCAGCAUCAAUUAAACAAAGCCCUCAAGGAACUGCGCAAGGCCAGGGAGCAAAUAACCUGUCUGGAACCUCUGAAACUUCAGGAAUCUGGACAUAUGGCACAACAAGAUGACCUGCCAGCAGCAUUUGAAGAGAAGCUCACCAUGUAUAACAGCAGUCCUACCCUGAAACAUUCAAGCAUUCUUGAUGAAAGCUUUCUUGAGUGUCCCAGAUGUAAAGUGCAAUAUCCAACAAGCCAGCACAGAGAAUUACUAGCACAUAUUGACUUCUGUAUAGCUUGA